GGCGUGCAACGUCACAGAUGUAGAGCGCUGUCUGGUGCAGUUCGCUUGCAUUUAGCUCACGCGGCUGCAGCUAACGGUGGAUUUCCUGCUUUAGGCUUGCGCGCACGCGACCGAGAUAAACGGAAAAUGGGGGUGCGGGUACUGGAGAACCAGAAAGAUUUUGAUAUGGUACUUAAGGAGGCAGGAUGCAAACUGGUGGUUAUUGACUUCUCUGCAACAUGGUGUAGCCCUUGUCAAAAGAUAAAGCCAGAGUACCAGAAAUUGGCAGAGAAAUAUAAGGACAUAAUUUUCUGUGAGACAGAUGUGGAUGAUGCACAAGAGAUUGCUGAAAACUGUGGCAUUAAAUGCAUGCCAACAUUCCAUUUCUACAAGAAUGGAGCCUUGCUGUUUGAAUUUUCUGGAGCCAAUGCAAGCACGCUGGAAGAGAAAAUUCAAGAAUAUUGUUAAUGUUAAUCCAAAUGAAACCAUGGUUUCAAACCAAACAUGAAUCAAUAAUAAAUCUUAGUUUAUUGUAAAAUCA